CCAGAUUGCUCUCAAGCCAAUGCUCUCCGAAAACCAAGCCUAGCAGUAGGUUGCUCCUAUGGCUUUCCUGUCUGCGCAGAUGUCCGUACUUCCGAUAUGAAUAUCUUCCCGAUUCCGGGAGCCUUUCCAAGGACUCCGAGUCCAAUGUCAAGGCUCGGCUUGGUCAAAGAAUGGGCCUGCUGGGGGGUCGUCGCGUCAAUGCUUUUCACGAAGUACACCGAAUACUGGCCUUUCGCUUCCCAGACCCUGCCAUGCUUGCUCCCCAUCUGGCCGCUUUUUCGCGUGAAAAUCUCUGCGAGAUCCUGAGACGCCAUUGGGUUCCUCUGUUGUCAGCUGUGAAAGGCCGCAUCACACCAUACCAUGCGACGAAACGGCUCACCUUUAUUGAUGUCAAGGAUAGACUGAAGGCGGUUCGAGCAGACUAUAUAGCAAUGACAAAAGCCACAGACGCAGUGGUCGAGAUGACGGCGGGGCAAGCGAUGAGGAAUUCGACGACAAGGCGCGCUCGAGGUACCGUCUUGCCGCAACAGACAUGUGUGAUUGCUCUCCUUCAUGCCAUGCAGAAGAACGGGAUACAACACGCCAGGCUAACGAGAGGCAUUUUCACGAUCCUUCAAAACCAACCUCACAGCGGCGCGCCCGCACUAUUCAAACUAUUUCGAGAGCUGCAGAGCCAUCCAACACUCGGGGUUCCCAAAUCACUGCCGGCACCACUCGUCCGAUAUUUCCUAGAUUGCGGAAGUCCAGCAGGUGGCAAGUUGGCUUGUUUCGUCUUCGCUUCGUCUCCUGACGUACCAUUGAAGUCAUGCCCUGAUCUGGCGUUACGUCUGGUUCAGGAAGACAGUGUGCCUUCUUCUGCCGUCUGGUCAAUCCUGCACCGCCAAACCGCCGAGGAGUUUGUCCCGAUAUCAGAGCGUGCUCAAGUCAAAAGCAGUCUGCUGCCCGAGCGUGUUGAUCUGAUGCAUCUGGUCGCAUUGAACUUCUCCAGAGCGGAGCAUAUCACGCCCCGUGUGGCGUUCAGAAGGGUUUGGGAAUGCUACAGGUUCCUCCAAGAUCGCGGCGCUCCUGUAAGCUCCAUCAUGACAAGAGCUUUUGUCACUGCUGGCAUCACACGGUACCUGCAGGACUAUACUACGCCGCCCAAGGCGCAAGUAAGAUACAUCCUGCGCAUAGUCCGCGACAUAGAGGGUAUAGAAGUCGCCGAGGAGCUGGAUCGGACCAUCUUCGCGAUAUGGAAAGAAAAAGUAUAUCCUGCCGUGAUCCAGCAGAAGUGGCGAGAGCAGGGCAAAGGGAACCAUUUGCACCAGGCUCUCGAAGAGCUGAAACAAGUGAGGUUCAGAACCAGGCUCUGGGCUCUCCCCAAGCCUCAAGAUUUCGAAAAGGACGGCGCGAGACAUGAUCAGUGGUCCUCCUUCGACGAGCAAAAGUCAUCGGAAAGAAGAGGCGAGGAAUGGUGGGAAAGCACUGCGAUCGAAGCUGCACCUACGGGUUCCUUAUCUUCCAAAUUUGAGCCUCAAAGCCUUCUUCCUUCGCCAGAAGCUCGCCCUCAGGCCGCCGCAGACGACGCAGAACUAUCACUGCCGGAGAAGGAUGUUGAUUCUUUCCAUAGCUCAUCAGCAACCAUUACAGCUGAUGCACUCUCGUCAAUGGACUUUCCUACAACGACACCACCACCCUCACCACCAUCAAGCAAUAUAGUCAACGCUAUACCUGACUCGACCUCGAUUUCGAAAAGAAUCCCAAUAAUCCAAAGGAAAGGCCUAGGUUACUAAGUACCAGCCUCCAUCCUUCGACUAACCGAUAAC